AAGGAAAACCACAUGCUAAUUACGGUAGGCUGCAGAUACACCAUAACACAACCACAGGUGCUGUUUGUGUUUGGGUCGCUGCCGGUGGUGGUUCACAAUCUUAUCAUCUUUUUAUAUUCCCAAUUUCACCCUUUUCCUUUUCUUUCUUCCUCCAAUUCCUUUUCACCAUCUUUCAUCUUCAUCAUCACAUUUCUUUAAUUAUACACGAUUCUAGAAUCUCAACGCCUUUUAUCUAUCAAUUGAUUCAGAAUUGUAGAGACCCAAAUUCACACGAGACGCAAGAGUAAGAAAGCAUCGCACCGUGGUCAUCAUCAUCAGGGAUAAAGAGACAGCAAAACGAUCGAAAUGGGUUCUGAUGCGAACAAGAUGAACGACGCAACAAGCUUCCAGCCUUCCGAGCCUGCACUCUGCGCAAACGGCUGCGGCUUCUUCGGCACGGCGGCGACGAUGAACCUCUGCUCCAAAUGCUUCCGUGACCUUCGAAUCCAAGACGAGCAAGUAGCUUCCGCCAAAGCCGCCGUGGACAAGCUGGUAAACAAGGUCGUCUCCUUCCCUCCCCAGUCCGCAGCGUCUCCAUCCUCUUCUUUAUCUCCGGCGUCCGUACCUGAAACGGCCUCGCAACCUUCAACGGCGGAGGAGGUGAAGGUAUCAAACCGGUGCUUGACUUGUAAGAAGAAGAUUGGGGUGAUGGGAUUCAAGUGUAAGUGCGGGGAAAGUUUUUGUGGAAGCCAUAGGUAUCCGGAGAAGCAUGAUUGUGAAUUUGAUUUCAAGAGAAGUGGAAGGGACGCCAUAGCUAAGGCUAACCCGGUUGUUAAAGCUGAUAAGGUGAACCGGAUAUGAUUCAAGCUAUAAAAUAACUCCGGUUCGUAUUUGGGUUGGGGUAGGGUAGUUGAAUUGAAGGUGGGGGGUGGGGUCAAGGGUGUAUGUUAGGAAGGGAGUGGGGUGGGUUUUAAAAGUUUAUUGGAUUUGAUUUCUUAAUAAAAGUUGAAUGUAUUAUUGGAUUA